UAGUUUAAAAUUUUCGGUGAAAUCGUAUUCGUUGGGUGAAAUGUUGAAGUGGUGUUGUUGAUAAAAUGAUAAAGUUAUUUAUUUAAAGCCGGCAUGUGAUGCAAAUUUUACGCAACCGAUGUAAAACAAUUCUCUGUUUUAAAUAAACCUACAAAGUGACUAUGAUCGCAUACAUUGCCGUCGAAUACUACCAAACAAACUUUGAGUAAACAUGUAGUGACGCUGAAUAUUAAUAAUUAAUUGGUGUUAACUGUGAAUGCUAAUAUGGAUUGCUCGGCCGAGAAGGAGUGGAAGACGAAAUUGGGUUUCCCAAUCAACUACGACUCCGAUGACGACGAUUUGGACAGCAAGGAUGUGGUGAUGCGGAACCCGGCGCACUCCUCCAGUUAUCUGCUGGAGGAGUGCGGAGACGGCUCCGAGGCGGAUCUGCUGGGCACCACCCCGCCGCGAGCAAGGAUACGCGACAAAGAGAAACGGAGGAACAUGCUGGACACAGGUCUAAACGUACAUCGUGCGCUGGUCGAGGGCAAAGUGCUGGAGACAGCGUCCUCACCGAUUGUUCCAGAACGUCUCAAGAAGCGUUCUACACUGAAGCUGCGGAGAUCCAAAGAGCGAGACUGGAAGCUAGGGAGGGACAGAGAGAGCAAGGCCGACUCCCUCCCCUCCCCCAGCCCUACCGCGUCGGCUGCUGUGCCCACACUGAAGUCGUUCCAGGUGGAGUCAUGCAGCCGGUUCAUGUCUCUGACCUCGAAGCUGAAGUGCCGGGAGCAGUGCGAGGAGGUUGAGACGCGGGGGGAGGAGGAGGAGGCGCCCUCCAGCCGAGUCAACUUUCACAACACAUUCAGCAUGCUCAUCAACAUGGGCAACAUAGAGAAGGGCUGCAGAAGAACGAUAAGUCGCGAGGAGCAAGUGUGGCAGAACGAGCUGAAAGAUCUGAUCUGGUUGGAGCUGAAGGCGAGGAUUUCCGACCGGACGCUGGCGCAGCAGGACGCCUACCUGUGCGCCCAGCGGGAGGUCGUGCCGCGCAUCGUGCAGAGGAUCCUAGACUAUAAGUUUGUAAACACAGAAACGUGCAGGAACAGAUCUCGCCAACUGUCAGUCAUUAAUGGCUCCACGGAGAACGUGAACGUAGAUUCAGAGGAACAAAAUAUUGACAAUGGAGAAGUCCUCUGUCUCUCGCUCGGCUGCCAUGCGUGCUCGCGCGCGGUGGGCGUGGCCAUGCGUCAGAUAUUGAAACUGCUCAGUGCGUACGACGGCGCCAUAGAGCUGUACCCGUCGAGCAGCGCGGCGUCCACUGAUCAUCCCGAGCUGUCGUCGCCUCGACUGAACGCUAGAUUGAGGAGCAUGUGUCUAUGGUACAACACUGUGCACCACAUGCGGCUCAAAAUCCUGUCGGUGCGCUGUAUGUUGCGUACCGUACGCAACAAGAACCGCCGCACGCUCGACCACCUCAGCUCCACGGAGUCUUCGGUUAGUCGAAAAUCGUCAGUAUGCGCCCCGCCCAAGCCGUGCCAAGUUCGCUUCCAAAUCAGUAACAACACCAGUGAUUCAAACAACAGCGACACAAGCGGACAUUCCGAAGGCAGAGAUGAUCCCAAAGAACCCGUGGAUAAAGUUACUGCUGGAACUAAAAAAUCCGAAAAUGAGCCCAAUGAGAGUGAUACGAGUCAAAAUGAGACUGACAAUAAAAAUAAAAGUGAGGAUGAAAGCGAAUCUAAGACUGAUAAAGAUACCAAGGAAACAGAGGAUAGUGAGAAGAAUAGUGACGUCGUGGAUAGUGGUUUGGAAAGACAAGAGCACCCCGAAGACUCGAAGCCGGACAUCGUGGUGUCGGACGCGUACAGCACGUACGACACGAACGAGAGCGGCUACAACUCGGGCAGCGAGAAGGAGGUGCACACGGACGACGUGUUCGACAUCGGCCCGCUCACUGACGUAACGGAGUUGCGGCUGCUGGGACAAGUUGAUGUCUCGCUGUUCAGGGACUACCACAUUGACAUGUUGAAGACUCAAGGCGUUCGACGAUGUUUCUUGUUCAUGAAUAAAAUGAGGAAGAAACUUCUGGACUGUGUCAACCUAACGUUACAAGAACCUGAGGCGGGAGAUUUGAAUGAGGACACUUAUGGCGAGGAGAAAGAAUCUGCUAAGACUGAUGAAGGGCGAGAAAUUUACGAGUUCAAAAGAUACGGGUGCUGGUCCGAGGAGACGCAGUCGAUGCGGCUGCCGUCUUACCGCAACCACUUUUUGCUGCUGAACUGCAUCUGCAUGGAGGCGGUACACGACUACCUCUCGCUCCGGAUGGAGGGCAGCCCCGAGCAUCCAUCGUGCUUGACCAUCAAACAGUUGAUCCACGAGCUGAAAGAGGGUCUGGACUUCGCGACGGAGGUGCGCGCAGCGUUUGCGGGUGACGUCACGACGGCGCUGCGCGGCGUCGCCGCACCCACCGCACGCCCGCAGGUCCGCGACCUACAGCUGCUGCUGCAGACGUUUGACGCGACUGUGGAGACCGCUGUGCAGAAUUACCUGUCGUACCUGCGCAAGAUGUCGGAGACGGAGACGCUGUCGCGAGCGCGGCUGGCGCCCGAGCUGGCGUUCGCGGCGCGUCUGUCCUCGCGUGUGCCUGCCACAUCCAAACACGCGGACCAGGCGUUUGUUGACAUAGCCUGCAAUCAAAUAGAUCGUCAACUGAAAAUAUUCAACGAAAAGUUCGAGAAAGUUAUAGAAAAAGCCAAAGGCGAAAUUGACGAGGAAGAAGAUAGGUAUAUAGUGUACGCGCUAUGUCGCGAGGCGCAGGAUAUCUACAUGAGCGAGCGAGAGAGCACGCUGCAGGCGGCGCAGUGGGCGCGCGUGCUCGCCGCCCGCCUGCCGCAGCGCGCCCACGCCAAGCGCUUGUUUGAAAGCCUAAUGGCGCUUCGGUCGACUCUCGUCAGGCAAACAGAGCAGAUAUUCAAGCACAGCCGUAUGCCUCAGACGCUGGACGUCACCAGAGAUCCUGCUGCUGCGCUGAACCAGCGCUCCAGGGAGAUGCUGCUGCAGGCUUACAAGUUGGGCUUCGAGCUGCACAUGGAGUUGCACCGAUUCACGUAUGUGCCGCGCAAGAGUGGGCGGGGCCGGCCGGCGUCGCUGCAGCCGCCCCGCCCCACCGCCGUGCCGCGCCCCCGUCGCCCCGGCACCGUAGUCUUGCACGAGUCCUUUAAUCCCAUGGUGCACAGAGAGCUCCAGCGGUUUAUAAACGAGACGCCGGCAAGUCCGAGCUUCGUGCCGAAGUCCGCACGCAACAUGUCGGCGCGCGCGCGUCUCAUGCGCUCAGAGAGCAUCGGUGAGGAGGUCGAGGCGUGCGUGCGCUCGCAACUGCCGAACGAUAAAUUCAACAAUAAUUCUAGUCACCACGACUUAGCCCUCCUCCUAACCGGAUCUCAAGUUGGGCUAAACACGAUAAACGCGGUGCUACCCGAACAAGUGCAGAAGUCAGCCGAGGAGGCAGAGUGGGCGAAACGCGUAGCGCGCGCGACUAUAGAGUUCGCUAAAUGUUGGAUGCAGUUCGUCGUAGAGCGGUGCGAGAGAGGUCGAGGCCUGAGGCCACGAUGGGCAAGUCAAGGAUUAGAAUUUCUGAUGCUAGCCUGCGAUCCCUGUAACACAAAACACUUGACAGAUGAAGAGUUUGAGGAAAUGAAGCACCUGAUGGACGGCUGCAUAUCCCACGUGAUCGGUUCCCGCCCCCUCGCCAAGGAGGCGCUGGGUUCCGCCCCCACCAGUCCUGCGCCCGCGCAUAGACAAAGGCAUCGGCUACACAGUCCUCUGUCAAGUACGAGUAAAGACGGUCACACGCCGACCACGCCCCCAAGCGAGGUGGACGCCACCCACUCACCUAAAAUUGACUAUCCUUUAGGUAACCACAGCAAGCGCGUGAUGGAAGCGAUACGGGCACUGGACAGAGCGCGCGACGAGCAGCUGCAAGAGGCGAAGGCGGUGGGCAAAGUCCUGGAGUCCAAGGUCUGGAGCUACGAGCCCAAGCUGCGACAGCUCACCUUCAAGUGGCAGAGAGGUCUGAAGAUCGGCGCAGGGACAUUUGGCAAGGUGUACACGGUGGUGAACACGGCGAGCGGGCAGGUGCUGGCGAUGAAGGAGAUCAGCAUCGCGGCGGGCGACCGGCGCGCCGUGCAGCGGGCCGCCAACGAGCUGCGCGUGUUGGAGGGCGUGCUGCACCCCCACCUCGUGCGGUACUACGGCUGCGAGCUGCACCGGGAGGAAAUGCUGCUAUUCAUGGAGUUGUGCGUGGAAGGUUCUCUAGAGGCGCUGGUGGCCACAUCGGGGCCCCUGGGGGAGCAGACCACGCGCCGCUACACCAAGCAGCUUCUGAGCGCCGUGCAGGAGCUGCACUCGCGCUCCAUCGCGCACAGGGAUAUAAAGAGCGGCAACAUAUUCCUAACGAACGAAGGUCACUGCCUCAAGCUGGGCGACUUCGGGUGCGCGGUGAAGAUCCGCGCCAACACCACCGCGCCCGGCGAGCUGCAGGGAUUCGUCGGGACGCAAGCGUACAUGGCGCCGGAGGUGUUCAUGAAGUCGUCGGGUCACGGGCGCGCCGCCGACAUCUGGUCGCUCGGCUGCGUCGUCACCGAGAUGGCGAGCGGCAAGCGCCCGUUCUCGGAGUACGACAGCAACUAUCAGAUAAUGUUCGUGGUGGGCAUGGGCGACCGGCCGCGGAUCCCGGAGUCGCUCUCGGACGAGGGGCAGGAGUUCUGCCGCCUGUGUCUGACGCACGCGCCGGAGCAGCGCCCGCGAGCGGAGGCACUUAGCCUACACCACUUCCUUAUGGUAAAGUCAGAUGAUGAGUGCAACUGUCAACCGGGCUACCUAGUCACCUAAACUGCGAUAUGGAUGUGCAGUGUGUACUAAAAUAGUCUUAAAAGAGAGAACUAAGUAAUAUUGACAGGAAUUGAUGUAAUCUUUUAACCGUGUAUGAUGUACACAAAUAACCAUGUUGUAUGGUGUAUUUUAACAUUUCAUGUUGUACACAAAGAAUCAUAGUGUAUGUUGCAUUUUAAUUGUUUAUUAUCGUUUCAUAUGAUGAUAUUUUCCGACUUAUAAAGUACAAAGUACAAAUAG